AUCCUAUGCAACUGUUCAAACCACACACAGUUUAGUCAUUGGAAAUUUGAGAUCAUGAUUAUAUAGUUUAUUAUAAUAUGUAUAAAUUUUUGUUUUGAAUUAAGCAAAUUACCAAACAAUUGUCAUUAAAAAAAAAUUAAAUAAUGUCGAGUCAGUUUUCAAUAUUUUCGGUGGUUUUAAUAUUCUUGGGUGGACAAUGUUUUUACGGCGUUAAUGGAAACUAUGCACCGCAAGAAGAAGAAGUUACAGAUAUCAGUGGCAGGUGGUAUGCAGUUAUGUCGACUGGAUGCACCGACGGUCAAGACUGUAGCAUUUUCUCAAAUAAUCAAAAGCCAUGCUCUUGUAUACUAGCAAACUUUAUUAAUCUCCAGAACAGUAGCUGGCUAGUGUACAUGAGUGCAGUUAACAUCGAGACUUCUAAAUUAACAGUCGAUUUGGGAGGUGCGUCGUGCGCGUCGCCCAAUAAUGUAAAAGAAAUUCAAGGUUUCAUUUACAGCCGAGCUUCAACGUCAUUGAGCGUAAUAUCACAAUCGGAAUGCAGUAUUACUGAAAAGGUAAAUGGAUGUAAAUUUUUUUUGAGGUAUAAAAUGACCAUUAUCGCAUCUAGUCUCCAAUAUGGUUAUAUGAUCACCUCAAUGCCCAUAAUUGAAGGCAGUAAUUCGGGCCAAACGUUAACAGUUAUAUGGUGCCGUAAUAAAACUCCUGGUAAAGCUACCAUCUGGACCCAAAUAGUACAGCACAUGAAGAGAAUUAAUAUGGAUAUCCACAAAUUAGCUUUUAUUAAUCAGCUGGAUUGCAAGUAUCCAUCGCAAAAUCAAUGCAACGAAAUGUUUUUCUGUGCAUAAUCAAAACUGCUAUUCGAUACUGUAAGUUAAUUAUGUAGUAGUAAAACACAAUGUAUAAUAUAAUAUGUAUUACUGUAUUAAACAAUUCAAAUUAUUAAACAUAUUUAUAUCAAA